UAUUUUCCAUGACUCCUCACUUAUUUUCACCUUUCAUCUCAUUUGAUUUCGUCACACAAAACCACUUUUCCGUUGAAAUUCUGUUCCAUACGCGAUUGUAAGAAGAAGGAAGAAGAUCAUCGUGGAGUGGAAGAUCUUUGGAAAUGAUGCGUUGUUGAAUGGGCAAUGUUACAGGACCGGUGGCGGCGAGAUUGGCGUUUUUCCCGCCGGAGCCAGCGACGUAUGAGAUUUCGCGGGAGCGGGACGGGAGGGUGGUGAUUUCCGGCAUGAGCGGGGACAAGAACUUGGAGGCUCACGUACUGGAGACGAAGGGUGGGAAUAAGAUCGUUGCCACGUUUUGGAAACAUCCUUUUGCCAGGUUCACCUUGCUCUAUUCCCAUGGCAAUGCCGCUGAUUUAGGUCAGAUGCAUGACCUCUUCCUCGAACUCAGGGCACACCUCCGCGUCAAUAUCAUGAGCUAUGAUUAUUCAGGAUAUGGAGCCUCUACAGGUAAGCCAUCAGAGUUCAACACAUAUUCUGACAUAGAGGCUGUGUAUGAUUGUUUGAAGAGAGAAUAUGGAGUUGAGCCACAAGAGUUGAUUUUGUAUGGCCAAUCAGUUGGUAGUGGGCCCACAAUACACUUGGCUACUAAGUUACGGAAUUUGAGAGGUGUUGUUAUUCACAGUGGAAUCCUUUCAGGGAUAAGAGUCUUGUACCCUGUCAAGGUCACAUUUUGGUUUGACAUAUUCAAAAAUAUAGACAAAAUAAGGCAUGUUGACUGUCCAGUCUUAGUUAUUCAUGGAACUAAUGAUGAAAUCGUUGACUGGUCCCACGGAAAACGAUUGUGGGAACUUUCGAAGGAAAAAUAUGACCCUUUGUGGGUAAAGGGUGGGGGUCAUUGCAACCUUGAGGCUUUUCCUGAGUACAUCAAGCACUUGCGCAAGUUUCUAAAUGCCAUGGAGAAAAUCUCAAUCACAGGAGAAACAAACAAACCACUCACCCAAAAUCCUCCUCAUACUGAAUCCAAACAUAAUUCUGAAUCCAAACAAAACAAAUGUUUAAGAUUUGGUCUAAUGAGAUAGCUGGAUCCGUUUCAGCUUUUAAAAGUAGGAAAUCACGACCAUGGCUUGAUGGCAAAUUCUUCACACACCUUCAUAUUUUCCCUCCUCCAUGAAUAUAAAACUUAUC